AUGUCCUCUGUUGAUGACGUAUCUGAAGUCCUCUCAAAGGUCGAGAAGCACUUACAACAAUUUCAUAUUAACGUAUCUGAAAAAUGUAGGAUUGUGGAAGAACAUUUUAAAAAUGACGAUGGAUCAGUUAAUGCAGACAAAUUAGAAAAUGUGUUGCAUCUUCUACAAGAGCUAUAUCAAUAUCUGCCAGAUUUUACCAGUGCUGAUCCCGUCCGUCUGCUUCAGGGUGUUGUUGGAAUCGUGUCAUUGAUCUCAUCUUUCACAGGUCUAGGCGGGACUGUUGUUCCAUCUAUCUGUCGGGUAUUUAGCUUUGUAUUUACUGCUUUUGGUGGAAAGAGUCUGACAAUAGGCGAGGUCGUCGAAAGCGAAAUCCGCCGAUUAUUUUCUGGACACAGCGAUGAAACACUUCUGGUAGAAGCAGAAGAUCUCCACUACUUGUACCGAUUUGCUUUUGACUUUCUCAACCCAAAAGAUGAACACAGUCACUUUUCGAAGCAUGAUAUAACAAAUAUGAAUAUUCAGAUAAAUGUUUUUCAAGGUGCCACAUUUCUUCGUAAAUUGGGAAAACUAAUCCAGGAACUCUCAAAGGAGCAAACUGAAGAUAUCGCAGACAAAAAAGCUGAGAGGGCCAAGAAAGCGAUGGAUUUCAUUGAAUUAUACAUAAAACUAGCAUCACUACGUGACAUGAUACUUACUCAAUUCUAUACCAUUACCAACUCCACAACUCACAGUAAGCAUUUGGCGGGAGGAAUUCAGCGAGUAAUCGGCUCCUUUGAUGAGCAGGAUAGAGAAGUUCUUCGCUUCUUCCAGAAACCAAAAGAAGAGUACGUCUAUAUUGUGUCAUACAUCAGGGAAGAGGAGAGAGUACUUCUAAUGAUGUUUCUGCAACAAAAGAAGCUUCUGCCGGAACACAGCUGGUUGUUACAUGGAGAAUUCGAACUUAUUUCAAAGAAAUGGCCAGAUUACCGUGCUUUACGCAUGAGAAAGCAUAGGUCACUCUUUGGAAACGGGGAUUUGAGGUUCAUACGUGGCAUCAACAAGGCGGUGGGACCAGAAUCCUUGUUUUGUUUCCAAAAAGUGGAGAGGAAUGAGUUUUAUGUUUACAUUACACAGAGGGGAAAUUCAGAUGAAUUUCUAACAAUGACGAAAGGUUCAAAUAAGUGGGUGAUGUCUCUUACGGGGCCUCCUGGUCCUGAAAGUGAAUGGAAAGUCAUCCAAAUGGAUAACGAAAACUAUGUGUUUUCCCCACGUGCCUUUCCGGAUUAUUUCAUGGGAAUGACACAACUGCUGGAUGGAAGUAUAGCUGGAUUCCAGGGAUGCUCUCAUCCAAGAUGUCAAUGGAUACUGAAGGCAUCACAGUGA